AUGCACUAUACGGUCACACAACAGCAUUUUUGGCGCACGCGAGGCUUGUUAUUUGGAAAUUUCUAUUUUGUGUUUGGUUUAUAGGUAGCGCAAUUAAUUCACAUAAUGAAAUUAUCCGCGGGUUCACACUGCGAAAUAGAGGGCGGGGGAGCCCAAAGCAAUGCGCUGCUACAUUCCGCCGCCGAUGUGUCCACCGACGAAGGAGCUGCGGGCAACGCCGAAUCGGUGGCAUCAGAAGGCCCGGACCCGCAACAGCCCACGGAGCGCCAACCAAAAGCGGCUGCAGCUGGAGAUGUUGGGUUGGCGGAACAAGCGGAGCCCGAUGCGGACGUGGACAUACAGACGCCUACAGGCAAGCACCAGCAACAGCCACGGCGCUCCGCUGUGAUCAGGAAGCGCGAUCUAAUCAAUUUACAGUCAAACCUGAGCCCCAAAUACAUUGGCUUUGCCAACGCCAAUUCACCCACGCCGUUAUCCGACUCUGACGACACGGUUCGCUCAACACGCCGACGCGCCAACCAAGCAGCUGCGGCCCUCAACAGUAGUAGUGCCUGCGAGACCAUUUUCCAGGACAAUGCAUCACCUAAUACCACCAGGGAAACUGACGCAGGCAGCGGCGGAGGCGCGCAGCUGCUCGACCGCGGCGGAAGCCACAGCUACUUGAGCCCCAUCGAGAAACUUUUGAUCAAGAACGGCUCCAGGUCGCCUAAUAGCACAGGCUUUGAGGCGGAUGCCGAAGACCAAGGGAGCUCGCACGUUCGAAAGCAGCUAAAGCGGAAAAUGAGGCGAGUGACCAAAUCAAAGCCGGCUUUGGAUAUAAAUGCCGAGGGCGAGCCCGUACCCGAGGUCCUUGGAGAGUUAGAAGUGAAGAAAGAGUCGCUCGAGAAAGAAUGCCCUUCUAAUGAAGAGGCCCCAAAAGACAAUGGCGAAAUUGCGCUCAUUAUUAAAUCCGAGACUGAAACUGAGGCUGAAGCUGAAGCUGUGUCUGCUGUUCAGCUGGAUGUUAAUCCAAAUGAUAGUUCCAGAUCAAGACCUGAAAAAGUGGAAAUGCAAACUAGCGAGUUAACUGAGGCAGAGGCUGUAAUCAGCGAAGAAUCAAAAGAACUGAUAUUUGCUUUGCCCAUGGCCGCUUCCACAGAGGUGGAUAUGAAGUCAUCACCACCUGACUUGAGUUCUACUGGAUUCGAGGUAAAUGUCAUGCAGAAAUCGCCUUCAUCCGUAAGCAUAGACAGCGCCAAAGGCAUGUCCAUUGUCACCGAUCCCGGAUGGCCCACUUAUCAAGUGGGUGAUCUGUUCUGGGGCAAGAUAUUCACGUAUUGCUACUGGCCGUGCAUGGUGUGUCCGGAUCCGUCUGAUCAGAUCGUUGGCAACAUGCAGAGUCAUCCACAUCGCGCGUCCGUGGACAAUACUGCGAUGCCCAUUCAGGUGCAUGUGCGUUUCUUUGCGGACAACGGGAGGCGCAACUGGAUAAAGGCUGAAAAUCUACUGCCCUUCGCCGGUCUCAAGGCGUUCGAGGAGCAGAGAGAGGAAGUACUUGUCAGGCAUGGUCCGAAGAGCGCCAAGUACCGGCAAAUGAUGCCCAAGCGAACGAAGGUUGCCAUCUGGCGGCAGGCCAUUGAUGAGGCACAGAUCGUUGCCCAGCUACCUUACGCCGAUCGUCUUGAGAAGUUUUUCGAGAUCUACGAGACCGUUGUCACAAUUAAUAAGCAACGGCGCAAACGGACCAAUUCUAUGAUGCAGGACACCUCGGAUGUUGGAAGCAGUCUGUACGACUCGAAUGACAACCUGCACAACAGGCCAUUAUUGCUUGACUUAAAAAGAGAGCGGUCUGAGUCCCCCUUUAGUCCCGCCUUCUCGCCCGUUAAGGUCAGGAACGAGAUGCGGGCCAAGCGACGUAAGCUGAGCGACGGCAACGAGGCUGAAACUGGCACUUCGAAUUCCCUGGAGGUGACCCCAUUACCAGGCCAGGCCCAGACUGUAAGUAGCACUAAUCCGAUCCUCACGCCGGACGCCAGUAUCUACGCGAAUCCCGAGUUCGGUCAGCUCUUCGAUGCCGUUAAGGAAUACGUAAUGGUGCACCGAUCGGAGGAAAAGGUGGAGAAGGUUUUGCUCGGCGUGGUCAGCAACAUUUGGUCGCUAAGGUACAUCCAGAUGCGUGAGCUAGAGCGGGACAUAAUCAGCGGCGAGAUGGAUCAGCAGCUGGGCUCUUCUGUGUUAGAGCGUGGUCGGGGAGUUGGCACCAUUAAACGUCUGUCGAAUCGAUUGAAAACUCUGAUGGUACGACGCAGUAUGACCCCUGUCGUGGCGCCCAGUCCUACGCUCACGGAGCCAUCGGCGGAACGCCGGUCCUCGGAGGUGCCGAAGGCUAAAAAGUCUCUCAACCGACCCAUUGAAGAGGUGGUCCAGGACAUCUUACAGCUGGACAGCAAGUAUCUCUUUCGCGGACUCAGCCGCGAUCCGGUGUGCAAAUACUGCUACGAGACGGGCUGCCACCUGCAACGAUGUUCGAACGGCUGCAACAGUUGGCUGCAUGCUGACUGCUUGGAAUGCAAGAAGUCGGGUCACAAAAUGCCCAAAGCAGGAAGUCGAAAAAUGGCCCUAUCUCUCCAACCGUCCACCUCCAAGUCGCCCAGUCCUACCGAUUCGGAGCACAUAACAGCUGAUGCCGUGGUGCCCACUAGCGCGACGGACACUGCAAACAGCGGUCCAUUAGUAUGCCAGGAAUGCGAAUCGGGCGAAGUUGAACUCUGUGUUAUAUGUCACCAGGUUGAAUCGCCAUCUAAUGCGGUGCAAGGGUCGUUGGAUGAGGAGGAAAAACCCCAGCUGCCCCAAGCCGUGCCAGAGAACAUUCUUCUGACCUGCAGCCAGCCAAUGUGUGGGAAGCGUUUCCACACAAAGUGCUGCAAGUACUGGCCCCAAGCCAACACUAGCAAGUCUUCGCCACGUUGCCCGCGGCACGUAUGCCACACCUGUGUGUGUCUCGAUCCUAGCGGCAAGUUCCAACAGGUUGGAAACUCUAAGCUGGCAAGGUGUGUCCGCUGCCCGGCCACCUAUCACCAGGACUCGCACUGCAUUCCAGCCGGCACUAAAAUGCUCACUUCCACUCACAUCAUCUGUCCGCGUCACAGCAUACCCAAAUCGGAUGCUCACCUCAACGUAAUAUGGUGCUGCAUAUGCGUGAAGGGCGGCGAGCUCCUCUGCUGCGAAACCUGCCCCAUCGCUGUGCACGCUCACUGCCGCAAUAUUCCCAUCGAGAAGAGUGAGAACUACAUCUGCGAGGAGUGCGAGAGUGGGAGAAUGCCACUGUACGGCGAGAUAGUGUGGGCCAAGUUUAACAAUUUCCGCUGGUGGCCGGCAAUCAUCUUGCCGCCCACCGAGAUACCCAGGAACAUAUUGAGUAAAGCCCACGGGGAUAAUGAUUUUGUCGUGCGAUUCUUUGGUACCCACGAUCACGGUUGGAUAUCGCGGCGCCGGGUUUAUCUUUACAUUGAGGGCGACAAACUUUCAGGAGAUUCUCAAAGGACAAAGACUCUGUUGCACAAAAGUUACAACACGGGCGUGGAGGAGGCGACGCGCUUCCUAAAGAUCGUCAAGGAACGUCGGAAAGAACAGGCCAUUGGUCGUCAAAGCGCCAGCAAGCUGCAUCCGCCGCCCUACGUAAGAAUCAAGGUCAACAAGGCGGUGCCGCCAUUGCGCUUCACUCUGAAUAUGGAGGAUAUAAGUGCUUGCGGGUGCCCGUCCGAUGCAGAACAUCCCUGCGGCCCCGACUCUGGCUGCAUCAACCGCCUGCUGUACAACGAGUGCAAUCCUGAAAUCUGCCGCGCCGGCCAACGUUGCGAGAACCAAAUGUUUGAGCUGCGCAAAACGCCCCUAAUGGAGGUGGUCUACAUGAACGAGCGUGGCUUCGGACUUGUGUGCCGGGAGCCCAUUGCCCAGGGUGAUUUCGUGAUCGAAUAUGUCGGCGAGGUGAUCAACCACGCGGAGUUCCAGCAGCGCAUGUUGCAGAAGCAGCGGGACCGGGACGAGAACUACUAUUUUCUGGGCGUGGAGAAGGACUUUAUAAUCGAUGCGGGACCCAAGGGCAACCUGGCGCGGUUCAUGAAUCAUUCGUGCGAUCCGAACUGCGAGACCCAGAAGUGGACCGUAAACAGCAUCCAUCGCGUGGGGCUGUUUGCCAUUAAGGACAUUCCUGCGAAUACCGAGCUUACCUUCAACUAUCUUUGGGAUGAUCUAAUGAAUAACAGCAAAAAGUCUUGCUUCUGCGGGGCAACACGCUGUUCUGGGGAGAUCGGUGGCAAGCUCAAGAAUGUCGCAGCUAAGGAGGCAAAGGGCAAGACCGUCGAUAAACUAAAGCAGAUACGUCGCGGAAAAGGUGCCCCUGCAUUUCGAAUCCAUGUUAAGAAGAAGAAGACAACAUAGCUAGAGGAGCCUAGGAGCGCUAAUAAAGGUUACGAAGUCUUAUACAUUAUGAAGUAGAAACCGAAAACGCAUGACGAUGGCUGAAGAUAUAUAUUUUUUUAACAUGGCAUUGUUUUUGUACUGCGGAGCCAAGCCUCUGCUUUUUACCUGCGCCACAUGUAUUUAUUUACUACACAGUUAAAGUUACUUACUUUUAGUAGACCAAUUGGUUCAUACUUUGUUCACUAGCUUAACGUUAAAACAAAUAAAUCAAUAUUCAUUUUUAA